CACACUGAUUGACACACCUGAGCCGACAAACUGACUGAAGACCCGAGAGUCAUGAAAGAUGAGACUGAAAAUCAAUGUUUGACUUCUUCAGGUAGCCUGAAAUGAAAAGAGACACUUCCCUUAUUUCCAGUUGUAAUGUUUAUACCUGUCAUUUUCAGGUUUCCGGCUUGAAAUGAAUGAAACAGCAGAAAGUCAGAACAGGUGUGCAAACCACAAGAGAUCUCUUCCUGCUUGCAGCUCCCCUGUGUCUACCACCAGCUGCACCUCCACCAAAAUGUGGCUGCCAGUCGAAUCACCUCUGCGUGCUCCCUGGAUGAAUGACCGCCAAGUGGAGCAGGACCAGGAUUCUCGGGACCAACAUCACGUUAGGAGGCAGUCAAGUCCUCCUCCACGUUUCUAUGAGGAACUCUUCUGUACCAGCCAUAUAACUCUGGUGCCUCUCGCUGGCGCCCUCGUGACCUCUUCCAGGCCGCAGAGCGAUGUGGUGAAACAAGGUUACCUGGGGAAGCUGGAGCGGACCUACCAGAGAUAUUUUGUCCUGAGAGCAGGAAGUCACACCGGGCCGAGUCGACUGGAGUGGUACAAGAGCCAGGAGAAGUUUACAGCAAUGGAGAAGUCUGCUGGUAAAGCUGCGCUGUUUGGCUCAAGCAAGCAAGGGGUGAUUUACCUGAGGUGCUGUCUUGGUGUGAGCCGGAUUGGCAGUUCCAGGAAAGGCCACACAGUGGCGCUGUAUGCCAAGGAUCAGACCAUGGUGCUAGUGGUGGAGGACCAGUGGGAGCAAGAAGAGUGGUAUCUGGCUGUCAAGAAACUGAUGGAGGAAGAGCUGAAGGAUGAAGAGCAUGGAGAAGGGUUUGAUGAAGAGGAUGAUGGGUAUUGCACUCUGCCCCCUGCUGCUUUCUUCAAAGAGGUUUGGCCCGUCACAGUAAAGCCCAGAGGUCUGGGCUGUUCCAAGUCCCUGGCAGGGGAGUGCCGGCUCUGCCUCACAGCCACGUCCCUCAUCUUGGUCAGAGUGAGCACAUGCAGCGAUUUGCCUUCUGUUACGAUACCUUUGCUGAGUGUGCGGCGCUUUGGCCACUUGGAUGGCUCGUUCUUCUUGGAGCUUGGCAGGUCGGCACCAAACGGUCCUGGAGAGAUCUGGAUGGAAGCAAGAGACCAAGGAAGCCCAGUAGUAGCCCAGCACAUUCAUGAAGUGGUUCGCGAGACUGUAAGGGCACUACGAGCUCUUCCUGACUUCAGCCGGUCACCGACUUCCAACCACAAUCAGCUUCAAUCCCUUCUGGCCUCAAAACGCUGCAGACCCAAAAACAGAGACAAGCUGGUGCAUGUGAGACCACUUGGUUCUUGCCUGGCCCCGCCCCCCAGAAAUGCUGAAAGUCCAAAACAAUGUAACCUAGAGCCCUGCAAACCAGAUCAAACAGAGCCAGGAUCUACUCUGAGCUCUACCUCAUAUCUCAGCCCUGUCAGAUCCCAUCAGAGCUCCAUGUCAGAGAUGGGAAGCUACGUGGAAAUGAAGAUGGACCAUCAUCUCCCUGUGAACAAAGGGAAGGGAAGCGACUGCAGAAGAGCUGCCAUUGUAACCGGGGACCACUGCAGUGUUGCUGCCUGUGGGAUGGAGGGCUGGGAGCUGGAGGAGGAGGGGGGGCAGGGGCAGGGGUACAUGACAAUGUCACCACAGGUAAGCCACAGUUUGUCUGUGCUGCCUCAGGAUGACUAUGUUACCAUGGCGAGCCCACAUAAACACAACUGGCCCUCCUACUUUCCCCCCUCCACUUCCCUAAAGACAUCGUUCAACAGCUCCACCUGUGGCUGCAGCUCUCCUCUGCACCCGUCACAUCCUCAGACCAACAAGCAGAGUCAGCCACACUGGCUUGUGACCUCGGCCCAGCAGGCAGAAACAGAAACUGGCCAAUCACAGAUGAGCAUUAGCUGCUCCACUCGACCACAGGAUGAUGCAGGGCAGAAGCAGAAAUCAGCCAAGCAGGGACGACUCCCAUCACAAACCAGGGCCACUUUGUCUCCUGUGAGGAGUGUUGAUGGGUCUGGCAUGAGGACUCCUUUUGUCACAAGUGGACCAGGCUAUGUCAGGCCAGUCCAGGCUAGUCCGAACUCCGGUACAAGCCGGUCUAGUCGACUCCAAGCUGUAUCGGGACAAUCUGUUAGACAUGGGCUGUCAUGGUGCCUACCUUCUUGCCUGAGGCCAAGCUGAGUAUUUGUAAUAAUUCACUCUUUUGUUUACAUCUGAACAUGAACUAUUUAUUCUGGUGCAGCAGGUGACGUUACAGGCUUCAAGAAGUAAAAACUUCAAACUGAUGAAGGAAUAAUUGAAUGAAACAUUUUAGUGUGACUGUUGCUGGCACUUGUUGCACUUGAUCACUUGCAUGUUGCACACUUGAUGUGACAACGCACAUGCAUAUAAAACUGGAGCUUACACUGAAUACUGCAGAAUAUGUUUGGAAAAGUAAAGUUUUAGUCUUAUUUGUCUAUUAAUGCACUUUGAUUUCAGUUUUUCCUUCAUGUUUGGAUUAAAUCAAACCUUGGGUUUUGGUCUAUACUACACAGCACUUGAAGAUGCUCCACUAUUAUAUGAAAAGAAUAAAGUCACAUCAAUGCACAUUU